AUGUGGGCCGUGUGGGCUAACAUAUUUAUGGACACCUACAAUGACUACUCCAAAUACAGCAUUCCAGUCAUUGAUCUCGAAGGUGUCUAUACAGAUGCAACCAAGCGCAGAGAGAUCAUUGGAGAAAUUAUGGAGGUUUGUGGGAAGUGGGGGUUCUUUCAAGUUGUCAAUCACGGAAUUCUGAUGAGUGUCUUGGAUGAGAUGAUAGAUGGGAUAUGCAGAUUUCAUGAGCAAGACACCGAGGAGAAGAAAAAGUUGUACACAAGGGAUGUCAAGAAAAAGGUGUCGUACAUGUCCGAUUUUCAUCUGUACAGUUCGCCAUCUGCGGAUUGGAGGGACACCACUUCUUGCGUCAUGGCUCCUCAUAUUCCAGACCAUGAUGAAUUACCCACGCUAUGCAGUGAUAUAAUGAUUGAUUACUCAAAGCAAGUGAUGAGAUUGGGACACACAGUCUUUGAACUAAUAUCAGAGGCCCUGGGACUCAACCUCAACCAUUUGAAAGACAUGGAUUGCGCUGAGCAACUUCUCCUUCUGGGGCAUUACUACCCUGUGUGUCCUGAACCAGAAUUAACUUGGGGGACUAGCAGCCACACUGACAGUGACUCCCUCACCAUACUUCUACAAGACCAGAUAGGUGGACUCCAAGGUCUUCAUGAGAAUCAGUGGGUUAAUGUUCUUCCCAAGCAUGGAACUCUAAUAGUAAACAUUGGAGAUCUUAUGCAGCUCAUCAGUAAUGACACGGUUAAGAGUGUGUAUCAUAGAGUAGGGGCGAGACAUAUAGGACCAAGAAUUUUAGUGGCAUGCUUUUUCAAACCAUAAAUCAGGAGAGGAAGUUCCUUGAGAGUUUAGGGACCAAUCAAGGAGUUGAUAUUAAAGGAAAACCCCCAAAUUUACCGUAAAAUAUCUGUAAAAGACUAUCUUUCUAACUACCUCUCUAAAGGGCUUGAUGGAGCUUCUUCAUUGGUGCAUUUCAAGUUGUGAAGUUAGUCCCAUAAUAUGGGAACCAGCU